AGAUCAGCAACCCAUGUCCCUCGUCAGUUCCUGUAACGUCAACAGGACUCCUGCGGUGUAUGCUGCGUGUGCGCAUGUCAAGCGCUGUUUAUGUUGGAGUGUGUAUGUUUGAGUGUGCUCCACCACCUCAACAUACUACGCACUUUACGAACCGACCGCGCGGACACCGAGAUGGCCGCAGCCGCCCCGAAUCCAGAGGACGCCAACCGAAACAGCGGCGGGCCGAGCACGGCGAGCGCUCUAGCGGGAGACGGAGAGUCUGAGGAGGCCGAGGAGUUUGCCUCCGCCACCCACUGCUCGGAGCUCUCCCGGCGGCAGAACGAGCAACGCAAGCUCGGGCUCUUCUGCGACGUGACGCUGGUGUUCAGCAGCGCCCCGGGAGCCGCCAACAGCUUCGAGUUCAGCGCCCACCGCUCAGUCUUGGCUGCGGCCACGGAUUAUUUCACGCCGCUGCUCGGGGGUCAGUUUUCGGAGUCGGUGACGCGGCGGGUGGAGAUGAAGGAGUGGAGCAGCGAGGCAGGCCUCGACCAGGAGACGGUGGAGAGCGUCAUCCAGUUCAUGUACACGGGCGAGAUACGAGUGAGCACCGCUAACGUGCAUGAGGUUCUGGAGCUGGCGGACAGGUUCUUGCUCGUGCAGUUGAAGGAUUUUUGUGGAGAAUUUCUCAAGAGGAAGCUCAGCCUUGGCAACUGUGUGGCUGUCCAUAGCCUUGCGCACAUGUACACUUUGGACCAGCUGGCCUUACGUGCUGCUGACAUGAUUCGUCGCAAUUUCCAUAAAGUCAUCCAGGAUGAGGAAUUUUACACGCUUCCAUUCCAUCUGGUCAGAGACUGGCUGUCAGACGCAGAGAUUACAGUUGACUCUGAGGAGGUUUUGUUUGAUGCAGUAGUCAAAUGGGUUCAGAAGAACUCAGAAGAACGGGUGAAGUAUUUUGAGGAGCUUUUUCGUCUUCUCAGGCUGCCACAGAUAAAGCCAACGUAUCUUACAAGAGUUGUGAAGAAUGAGCCUUUGGUCGCGCAGAAUGCAGCCUGCCUACAGCUUGUGUCAGAGGCUGUGGAGGGUCAUGCGAUCCGCUUUGAGAACCUCAAAUCAGCAGAUACAGAGUUCUGGGCAUCAUACAUGGCCACAUUCCAACCAAGAUUUGGCCAGAACAUGGAUGUCAUCAUGGUGGUCGGCGGGGUCUCUGAAGGAGGUGACUACCUGAGUGAGUGCGUAGGGUACUUUGGAUACGAAGACCGUUGGGUCAAUUUGCCACACAUCCAUAACCAUCUGGAUGGUCACGCUAUUGCGGCCACUGAUACCCAUGUAUACGUGGCUGGGUCCAUGGAACCAGGAUUUGCCAAGACAGUGGAGCGCUACAAUCCAAAUCGCAACACCUGGGAACAAGUGAGCAACCUCACCACACGCAAGCAUUCCUUUGGCCUCACCUGCAUCAAAAAUAUUCUGUAUAGUAUUGGCGGUCAUGGCAACUUCAGCCCUGGCUUUAAGGAUGUGAGUGUCUAUGAACCUGACCAAGACAAGUGGCACAACCUAGAAUCUGCUCCUAAGAUUUUGAGAGACGUCAAGGCUAUUAGUGUCGAAGAUCGAUACGUUUAUGUCACCGCGAGAACUCCCAUAGAUACUGACAGCGAUGAUGGGUUGAAGACGGUGACUACUCGCUACGACACUGACAGUCGCCAGUGGCAAGAAGUCGAUUCCUUACCGCUUAUUGACAACUACUGCUUGUUCCAAAUGGCUGUAGCGUCGACUAACUUCUACCACACGGCUUCUUGCUGUCCCAAGAGUUACACCAACGCACGUGAUGAUGUAGCUCGUCAAAAGAUCAGCGCAAGGAUAUCUGAUGAUAUUCUUGAGAGCCUUCCCCCAGAAGUUACUAGUAUUGAGGGUGCUGCCAUCUGCUAUCUUGGUGAUGAUGUGUUUGUGAUUGGUGGCUGGAAGAACAGUGACGAUGUGGAUAAGCAGUAUCGCAAGGAGGCGUACCGUUAUUGUGCUGAGCGCAAGCGCUGGAUGCUUCUGCCACCCAUGCCUCAGCCACGCUGUCGUGCCACAGCAUGUCACGCUCGCAUUCCCUACCGCUUUCUAUACGGCUGUCAGCGUUACCCAAUGCCACAAAAUUUGGCACGCCAGAGGGAUCGUAUGCAGCAAAUGCAACAGUUACAUCGUCGCACGUUAACUCUACGCAGGCAGUUACAAUCACAGAUUGAAUGCUGAGAGCCCUUGUUGCUCAAUAGCAAACAACUGCUGCAAAAAUCAUGAUAAUAUAGUCUUGAACAUUCCCAUGAUCCCAUUCUUAUUAAAAUGUGUAUUGUUUAUUUGUGACAUUUCAUCACUGGGAGAGUGAAUGAAAUGGCUGAAGCUAGUAAAGAGAGUAUUUUCAAUGUGACUGUAUAAUGGAAUCAUAUAAAUAUGUAAAAAAGAAAUGUUUGUAAAUAUCUGUACACAUGAAACAUUGUUUCAUGGCCUCGCAUGAAUUUGCCUUAUUCCCACUGAUGGCAAUUUGCAGAAUGCUGCACAUUGUUCAUUUAUCUUGAGUCAUGGUGAUGGUUGUCCUGCUACAUUUGUGGGUUUUUAGGUUGUUUGUUUUGCAGGGAGAGACACCAUUUUUCCCAGCUGUAAUGAAUCAGCUGUUCAAAACCGCUCGCACGUUUUGAACAAACCAUUAAUAACUACAAAAAGAACCAUUGCAUCUUUAUUCCCUUCACUUGUAAAUUACUUGUUUCUGGUCUUAAUUGUGAUGAUUUUAUUUGUCUUGCACUUGUUUGUCAAUGCAAUUCUUUCACAGUUUUUGUUUAUAUGUGCAAAAAUGAAUUCUUCGCAACUACAAGCACUUAAUUUCAGCAUUAGCCCUUGUCUUAAUCUUUAUUCUUAUAGUUUAAAUUGAUUAUAUUUGUUCUUUUUCAACUUGAAAGCACAGGGAAUAAAGACAGUUAUGGCAUCAGUUAUUGACGCAUGAAGGCCACACCUAAUAAAAUUGCAAAACCAUAGAUGUUCAGAAUAUAGUCAAGGAUUCAUUACCUCAGUGUCAACGGCAGGAUUUUGUUACUUAAAAACAAUUUGUCAUUGGUUUUGUGGUCUAUGCCAGUUUGAGAUCUCUCAGCUUCCUUGAUUUAAUUAUUUUCACUCAUAUGUUUUUAGCAACGUCAUCAGCUUGUGCUCUGUCAUGCAAUGUCUGUCAAGAAUUAUGUUAACAUUUCCCGUCAGUCAACUGUAGUUGUCCAUUCCAAUUUUAAUAAGGCACCUAGUGAUGGUACCCACACUGCAUCCUUGUCUUUGUUACAUAUAUAACGCUAUUUAUAAUCAUUUUUUUAUUGGAAAUAGUUUUUUCUAUCUUUCAUCUACAUUCCCUCUUUUUAUCUCCUCAGUCUUUUUUCCCUGUCUUUUACAAUGAUGUCUUUUAUUACAAGAAAGCUCAGUGCAUUUCACUUGGGUGAAAAUUUGUCAAGCAAUCAUUGGUACCAUCAAGACCAGAAAACAUUUUGCAAUGUUCGCCUGAAGAACAUUUAACCGUUACUACAGUCCAUACCAAAGUCUUAAAGUAUGUCAUCUUAGAUGAACUAAUGUUAUGCUUCGAUGUUAAAAUCUCUACUAAAUGCAAGAUAGAAAUUGCUUUGACAAUGUAUCUGUAGCUCUCGUCUUGACUUGUGUAGAAUUCCAUAGUCAUUUCAUAUGGGGAAAAACCCUGUGAGACAUACAUUGAACAUACAUUAUUAGGCCUUUUUCAAACAUUUUCCUGCAUAUUGGAGACUCUGUAGAAUCUUAGAUAUUGUAUUUACUCAAUGGGAAAUGUAAGUUUUGUGUCUCUCAUGUUGAGAUGUGGUUUAAUAGUGUUUAAGAUCUAUAUCAGUUUCUUUCCUUCUUGCACAGAGGAAAUGAGUGUGUGUGUAUGUAUGUAUGUAUGUAUGUAUGUGUGUGUCGAUGGCGAUAGUGUCUGACAAUAAGAGUAGCAAGGCUGGGAUGUUACCUUGUCCCGCUCUCAUUGUUGUAAAGUCUUUUAAGGGCGAAUAUAGUUCUUUGCAUGUGUUAUAAAGUAUGCACAUGUUGUGGAUCUCAG